AUGACAGAGGCGGCUAGAAAAAAUAGUCCUCAGUGUCUCCAUCGAGGAGACAUAAACACAGUCCGGCUGCUGGUCUCGUCGGGUGCAGAGUUAGACCAGCCAUCCGCGACGGGGCAGACGCCGCUGCAUCUGGCUGUUCUAGGCAGCCAUACCGCUAUAGUGGAGUAUCUGCUCGACUGGGGCGCUGACUUUGAGGCUCGCGACCUGAACGGGCUGCGGGUAGAGCACUACGCUGUAGACUCCUGUAACCUAGAGACCUUGCGGCUGGUGCUGGCUCGUGGCGGCGACCUGGCUACCACAGACAACAACGGAUGGACGCCUUUGUUUCGAGCGCUGUGCCAAGGAGCCAAGUCUGAAAUCAUAGAGGAACUAGUGCAGCGCGGGAGCGACGUGGAAAUACGCGACCACGCCGGCCUGCCGCUCACCUCUGUUGCCAGGCUUUUGAAGAACAGACACGGCCGCAGCCGGGACUCGGUCCUGCGGCUGGUGGACUCGCAGUACCCGCACGAGAAGGCGCUCGCCAACUUCACGCGCCUCACCAAGAAGAUCUACAACGUGCACACGCUUCUCAAGUGA